GGGGGGUCCUGCCUUAGACUGCCACAGUUCAGGGUUCCCUAAAACCAGAUCUCAGAAUUGGGCUUCUCCAAGCUGCUGCAGUCAACCGCGCCGGCCCCGCCCAUGCCAGCCCUGCGCCUCUGCCGGUGAGCGUGGAGUGCGCAGACUCCCGGUUUCUGCAGGUGGGAUGUCUGCAGGGAGACCCUGCACGCAGCAGGCUCACCCCGUCCACUAAGCCUCCGGUCAGAGAAGUCUCCCGCUGAAGAGGGGAGAGGGCAGCCAGGGACCAGGUGUGUCCUGCAGAUCAGUGAGUCCCUUCCUAGGAGACACUGGAGCUGCCCGCCUCUGUCAGUAUCCCUGCUACUGAGCUGGGAACCGCUGCCGCUCUUGUGAAGCUCACGAACCCGUCGCCCUGGGGUCCUUCCUCAUCACAGUCUCUCUUGCUCUUGAGCUUUUCAGGCUCCAGGGGCCUGAGCUGCUUCCAUAGUAGCAGAUUGCUUCUUGCUGCGGGUGCUCCUUGCACAUGGAAGCACCCGAGGUUCGGCUACUUCCCUCUGAUUAGUCCAGCAGGAGUUUUAGAAGUUCACCCUGCCUCUUACGCCGAGGUUGGGGUGUGUGACAUUUUGUGGAUCAGAGAAACCGCUUUCUCUGCAGAGACCCACAGACGCUUAACACUGCCAUCGCUCUUGCAGUGUCCUGUGUGCCCAGCUGUCUCCACCACCCCCCACCCCCCGACAUAAAUGCCUUUGUCCGCACUAGCAGGAGCAGCCCAAGUGUGGCAGUGCCCACCAUGAAGGCCGGUCACAGUAGAUCUCCCUGCCCAGCCUGCAGCUCACUGGCCUCUAAUUCCAGCUGUGAUCUUAGCAGACCCAGGCGAAGGCUGGUUCAUUCUGUGGUGCCAGGUGAGCCGUGGUCCUGGGGCAGAGGGGACAUGAGGAUGGGCUGGUGUAGGGGGGCCAGGCCUUGCCGGAGUCACUAUGCCCCAAGGAGAACAAGAGCAGAGGGCAGCUGUGCCAAAGACAGGCUUAGCUUACUCCCCCUCUGCCCGUCAAAGUCAGAGAGAGACAGACAGAGACAGUACCUGUAGGCACAGUGACCCUGCCCUGCCCACUGGAAAAGAUGCCCUCCUCAGCGUCCUGGCGUCUGUCCCAGUGUUCACUUCUGUAGGGAAGGAGCCCAAGUAGAGUGACAAUAGAAACCCCUUUCCCCAUGUUUUCCAGCGUCACUGGGCUGCACCCUUACUGACAGCAGGAAGAAGUCAGAUCCCGAGGAACAAGAUUUCGAAUCCAUCAUUUGAGGGUUCUGCCACUGCCAGGCCCAGUCCCUUCCUGCUUCGGCCUCUGCACCUGUCAUCUGGGGCCCCGGAGUCACAAACCUGGGCUUCUGCCGCCUUCCUGGCUGUGUCCAGGGGUUCUGCCCGGAAGUCUGGGGUCCGGCUGUAUAUUAGGGCUCUAUUUUCCUUUGUUUUUUGCUCCUAUUUGACUCGGUACCAGUACGGGGUGAGUCCUCUGGGUCGCUCCUCAUUCUUGAUGGAGCAGUGACCGAGAAGCCAACUGGAGCACCCAGGCGUCACCCUGAGAUGGAGAUGGAGGUCUCCCCGCCUGCGUCACCCUGCGCUUUCAAUCCUAGGUCACCCAGGUUCACACCUCCAUCUGCCCCGGUGAGAAGCACCUGCCCUCUCAGGAUUCUGGAGGGCACCUUGGAUGUUCUCCUCGUCACCCCUGGCUACGGGAAGCAGCCCACAGCCAAGGCACCGAAACUCACGCGCCUGGAUUGCUCUUGUCAUCAGGUGGCUCCGCUCUGGCUCCAGAGACUUGGAAUGCCGCCUCUUACCUCUCGCUGAUUUCCAGGAGCACUAAGAACCGCCCCACCCACCCCAUUUCAUAACUCUGAGCAUUUCUGCAUUCUGCAGCUCUGUGUCCGAACGUGAGGAUCUAACUGUGUGUAGAACACGCUUUGCCCCAGGCCUGAUAGAAGACUGCAAGUUUCUGGCUCCCACUCACCUCCCUCUCCCCACUUUCAGCCAUCUCAGCCAGGGGCCUGAGAACACGAGGGCAUCCCCAGCCAAGGCCCCCUCUUGGCAGGCAGCAGUGCGGGAACGCUCUGGUUUGUGUGGAUUUUUUUUUCUGACCUGGCGCUGCUUGUCCCUAGCGAGCACUUCCCUGUCCUCCAGGCCCAAACCGUCAGCCUCCUCCUUCCCACGUUUCAGGAACGGUGACAGUUCCUCCGGCUGAGGCAGGAGGGAGAGAUCUCUUUGGGGCAGCAAGGAGGAAGCUGAAUAAAUACUUUCACUUCUGUUUUCCCCACUGGGGCGGAGCGUCGUCUCACAAAUCCUCACUGGCCAGCAGACUUCCUGCUCGGGCCUGGCAACCACUGUGGACUUAGACAGCGACACCGAGAGAUCAGAGUCCACAGUCCCAGGCCCAGGCAGGGCUGGGCGGGAAGAUGGCAGCCGGGGCCCAGGACCUGAGCACCAGAACUCCUGUGUCUCCUCUUGGAAAAGGACCCACAAAAUUUGUUCUCUAGGAUUCAUUUCACCAUGUUCAACCACCAAAACCCUCAGAUGCCUUUGCAGCCAUGAUCCAAAGGGAUCUGACUACUGCUCAAACUGGCAGAAGACCUUGGGUCAUCCAUAUAAAGUUGCUUUUACAGAAUGGUCACGGAUGUCCAAGAUGGAGGGGACCCUAUGAAGAUUUUACUCAAAUGCUUCAAAAGACAUAAAGUACCUAUUUCAUAUGCAAUAAACAAGUCAUUUCCUUUCCUCGAAGGUCUCCGUGACCGUGAAUUGAUCACCAACAAAAUGUAUGAAGAUUGUCAAGAAUCAUGUAAAAACUUGGUCCCUCUACAAAGAGUGAUGUACAAUGUUCUCAAUGAACUGGAGAAGAUAUUUGACAUGGACGUUCUGGAAGCAUUAUUCAGUGAGGUCAACAGGGAGGAAUACCCUGAUUUAAUGAGCAUUUACAAAGACUUCCAAAAUGAGAUACAUAACAAACUGUAUCUCCAAGAAAGUGAUGGAGAAGAGAGAGAGGAGAGACCCAAGACCCAGCUUAGGCUUGAAGAAGGAACUGGAAGAAACUCUGCUUCAUGGAGACUCACUUGGCCAUGCUCAGAGCCUUCGUCCUCUAAUGGUACAACCUCACCUGAAAAGGAGCUCCCAGACUACCCCCUUGAAAGGGAACAGAUAAAUGGGUUGAGAACACAAACAACCAGGGAAAACAAUGGUUCAUCAGGAAGCCACCAAACAGAUGAGCAGGCUGACCAGGAGUCUGCACCAGUAGAAUCCUUUGAAGAAGGAGGAGUCCCAGUGAGCAAUGGAGAUGCAAGCACGGAGCCGCCCAGCCCACUGCCCUGUGAUGAAGAAAGCCUAGAAGCAGAGAUGCAGAGCCAAGGCGCCAAAGUGAAUCCCUGCUCUGUGCUUCUGACGGAUAUAAAGAAGGAAAAGCCGUUUUACUCAGAAAAUGAGCAACGAGCCCACGCCAGGGCUAGAAGCAACCAGGCGUCUGACAUAAUAGUCAUCAGCAGUGACGACUCUGGAGAGCUCAGCGAUGAAGACAAGGCCCCCGGAGCCUCCACCUCGGCCCUGAGAAGCGACAGUGAGAUCAGUCACUAUGGCCCAUUAGAAUCAACUGAAGAAAAAGAGACCCAGGAAGCCACCUGCUCCGAUCAGAUUAAACCAAAGCCCAAGAAUUUCAGAGGUUCAUCUACAUUCAGAAAAAACCUUCUGAAAAGAGGGAGAGAACAUGUCUAUGACUCUUCAGAAUCCAGCGAGGAAGAGACACUCCCCAAAAUCAGGUUCUGGAGCUCAGGAAGGAGAAGUGGGCUGAGUACAACAGGGCUCAGCAACAGCGACUCUGCCAAACUGAAUCACAGAGAAGAGCAUGCAGAAGCCCUAAGAAGUGGAUCAGGAGCAGAACCACAAGGACCUGGAAAUAAAUGUUCCUGUGUCAUGUGCCCCUCAGAAUGUGUGCCAGGAGGCCAAGAAGCAAGGAUGGAGAAUGGGCACACAUCUCACAUAAGGGAUGCUGUGGAUGUGGGAAAUGAUUCUACUUUGGGAAAAGGCAUUGGGAAGAGAAGGGAAAAGAAAAGACAUACAUGUAAAAUAGAGCCUCUCCAAAAACGUAAGAAGAAAGGUGAAGAUUUAUUCUGUUUAGCUUCCCGUAGUCCUGAUCUUCUGCCAGGGAGGAAGAGAGGCAGGAGUAGAAGUCUCUCAACUCUGAGAACUGGAACCCCAAGGAAAAGAGGCUGGCCAAAAGAGAGAAAAAGAAUCAACAGUAUGCCUUUGAGAAGAGGCAGAAAAAGAGGUCCUAGAAUUCCCAGAGAAGCACAUGUGAAUUUUCAUGUUCCUGAACUUCUCGUGACCUGUGGUAAUGCCAGGGGGACUCUGAUUAAGGAGGUGUUUAAGCAAGGAGUCUGGAAGAAGAGCAUACGGGGUGAGGAUGGAAGGUGGUUCACCCCCAGGGAGUUUGAAGUUGAAGGAAACUAUGCACCAUCUAAGAACUGGAAACUAAGUGUGCGCUGCCAUGGAUGGACUCUGAGAGAACUGAUACAGAAGGGAGCCCUACCAGAACCCCCAAGCAAAAAACCAAAGCAGAAAACACCAGCCUCUCACAUGGAUAGCCCAGUGGACCCUUAUCCAGAAAACUCAAACGAAUGUGAAGUGUGUAGCCAAGGUGGACAGAUAUACUGCUGUGACACUUGUCCAAGAUCCUACCAUGAGAACUGCCACGUCCCACCUGUGGAAACCGACAGAGACCCAUGGAGUUGCAUCUUCUGCAAGACAAAAGCAAUUCGGAAAAGGUGCCGAGAAGUCCAACCGUGUCAUCAGGAAUCUGAGGUUCUGAUGAAGAAGAUGGAUGAUGAGGAACAGCUGAAAUGUGAGCUACUCCUCUUGAAAGUCUACCACUAUGCAGAAAGUGCCUUCUCUUUUGCAACACAGGAUUAUACCAAUGGGGCAACUGUAGGCCAACAGGAGCACAUGCAUUUAAACGAAAUCAAGACCAAGCUGAGUGAGAAGAAGUACCUCCGAGUGAGGGAGUUUGUGCAGGACAUGCAUCUCAUCUUUGAGAACCACACGGCACAUUACAGAGACACAAAUUUCAGCAGGCAGGGACUUAAUGUAAAAGCAAGAUUUGAGAAGAAUUUCAAAAACAUUUUUGGAGUCCAGGAAACAACACCAAACAAUCGAUGAUCCACCAAUACCCCUGCCUGUUCCUGGUCAGACAAGAUCACGUUGCACUUCUUUUUCACAUGUUUUUAUGGUCCGUCCUGUUCAUUUAUUUUUUUUAAAUAAUGCUUAAAAUUGUCUUAUCAACUUCUCAUAUUAAUUUGGAGUGAAAGUUGCAACUGAAACUAUAAAAUAUUUCCAGAAAAGAUCA